UUUUUGGCCGGACUGCAAUUGAGUACUAGCUCAUAGGAGUGCAUGACAUGAAUUGAUUUUACUGAACAUGUAUGAUGCAUCUGCACCUGAAUCCUUAAUUUGCUAUGUACUGAAUCAUGCAUCCAGAGCUAUCUACUUAGCAUGCAUCUGAACUGAUUCAUUACUUCUGCAUAUGUAUUUUCUUAACAAACAGAGCCUCCUCUAUUUUUGUCUUGUGCCAGCAUCUUAUUUUCAUUUAUAUGAACAAAUAUUUGUCUACAAUAGUCCUGGACUGUAUAUACUAACGACACCGUGUUGUGUGAGUCAUUAAUAUUCGAUCUUCUUUGUAUUUAUAGAUGGACGACAGUUCGCAAAUUAACAGAAAAAUUGCGUUCUUCAGUGCUUUUGUAGUGGCAUAUUGUUCAUUGAUCAUAUAUCUAAGCAACUCUAGUCACCCUACAAGAUACUCGUUGUUAGAGAGAAAUAAAGAAAGAAUGGCAUAUCUACGGAAACUGUAUUGUGGCGAGGAGAAACACUGCAUUGGUGAAUUGCGCAUGGGAAAAUCAGUUUUCUUCAAACUUUGUGAUAAAUUACGCCGUAUGGGUCCACUUAAAGAUACAUGGCAUUGUACUGUAGAGGAGCAAGUUGCCAUGUUCCUCACUACAGUAGGGCAUCAUAAGAAAAAUAUCGACAUUAGUUUCCAUUUCACAAGGUCAGGUGAGACAGUGAGUCGUUACUUCAACAGAGUUUUAUUUGCAAUUGGGAAACUCGGGCCAGAAAUGCUUAGGCAUCGAACACUUGAUACACCAUCAAAAAUUCAAGGCAACCCACGAUUUGAUCCCUAUUUUAAGGACUGUAUUGGUGCUAUUGAUGGUACACAUGUUCCAUGUAACGUUCCACCUCGGAUAGUCGACAGAUUUCGUGGCAGGAAACCAUUCCCUACCCAAAAUGUUCUUGCGGCAGUUGACUUUGAUUUAUUGUUCACUUAUGUUUGUGCGGGCUGGGAGGGUUCGGCACACGAUUCAACUGUUUUAAGACAUUCUCUUGAGCAUCCAAAUGGCCUUAGAGUCCCUGAAGGUAAAUACUAUCUUGCGGAUGCGGGUUAUGCAGCUAGGAAAGGAUUCCUACCACCGUUCCGCCAAACUCGAUAUCAUUUGCGUGAAUGGAGGGGUAAUAAUAGACCUCACACCCAGAAUGAGCUUUUCAACUUAAGGCACUCAUCCCUUCGUACUACUAUUGAAAGGGCAUUUGGAACUUUAAAGAACCGUUUCAAAGUUCUGACAAGUAGGCCUUAUUAUCCCUUUCCUUCACAAGUUCGAGUCGUCAUAGCAUGUUGUAUCCUUCACAACUGGAUAUUACUAAACGGGGGUCUUGAUGAACUAGUCUACAGUGAGCAGAACUGGUUUGAGCAAUAUCCAAGAUCAGCUGGCCGUGUCCAACGGGAUUUACGUGAGGAACAAAGGGAGGUGCUUAGAGAUAGGGAUGCCAUGGCAGCCAAUAUGUGGAGAAAUAGGCAUAAUGUUAGACGUGGUUGAUUUUUUUCAAACUUUCUGUAUGAAUUUGUUGAUUCUAAGUUGUAUUAUCACUUAGAAGAACGACUUGUGUGUUUUCUUUCUUCAACUUGUAGCCAUGAUUUCUUUCCCUUGGUACGAGUGCAAUGCGAUAUGCAUCUCAGAGGUGUUAUUCUGUCUAUGAAUUAUAAAAUUUAAUUGAUGCCACAGGGAUAUGGCGGGUAACAAUGUGGUGUGGCAGCCCCAAGUUGUAGAUGAAAUGCUACGUUACUACAAAGAGAAGAUUCAGUCUGAGGGAAAACAAUUUGUCUUCAAAGAGACACAUCAUGAGGAGUGUGCAAAACAAAUCAAUGCAAAGUUUACCACCGCCUUCACACAAAGGCAAGUUUAUCACAAGUUCCAUAAGCUGAAAGGUCAGUGGAAGAUCAUACUAGAGGCGAAGAAUUUAAGCGGUGCCAAUUUUGAUGAUGUCAACAAGAUAAUAUUAUAUGAUGAUACUGAAGUUGUACGGAUGAAGAAC